CUCUCUGAGUAUCUGCCUCUACUCCUUUUCUUUUUUUUUUUUGGUUGAAGUCUGGUCUCUACUCUUCAUCACAAGAUCGCGUGUUCUUUGAGACGAUGACGAACUUGGUCGGAGGUUUUCCUCAACCAAAUUUCUCAAAUUCUUAGGGUUCAUUGUUUCAGAUGUGAUUAUCUUUUUUAUCGAAAUUUGACUAUACAAAUCCCUAAUCGUAUACAGAUCAUUGAACUGUACUGUGUAAACACAUAUAUAUCUAUAUAUAAAAUAUUAUAUGUCUAUGAUAGAGCUGCAGAUAGGAUAGGCAUAGAUUUGUUGUGUUUGCGGUGGUGAAGAGAUGAAUGUGAGCCGCCCAUCGGUACACCCAGUGGAAGCGCCACCGGCUACGACGGAGGGCGGGAAUGCUCCGAGAGUAAGGAUGAAGGACAUCCAAGGCAUGCCGGGUACGAUCGGUGGCCUUAUAUUGCGUUUUUGUCAGUUUGUAUUCGCAGCUUUGGCUCUCUGUAUCAUGGCCACCACUAGCGACUUUCCAUCUGUCACUGCCUUCUGCUAUCUCGUUGCUGCUGCUGGCUUGCAGAGUUUGUGGAGCCUUUCGCUAGCGAUUGUUGAUAUUUAUGCCAUUCUAGUGGGUCGAUGCCUGCAGAAUUAUCAAGUUGUCAGUUUAUUUUCUGUUGGUGAUGGGAUCACAUCCACUCUUAUAUUUGCUGCAGCUUGUGCAUCUGCGGGUAUUACAGUCCUUAUUGGUAAUGAUCUUGGUUUCUGUUCAGAGAAUCACUGCACGGAAUUUGAGACUGCUACUGCCAUGGCUUUCCUUAGUUGGUUCACUGCAUUACCAUCUUUUCUCUUGAACUUUUGGUCGCUGGCAUCCCGAUGAUUAGCGAAAAUAAUAAUAUAAGGAAUAUAAAAUCAAUGCCAGAGUGCCAUUUUAAGUGUGUGCCUUUCUUGUUGUAGUGUCUGUUUUGUCGUGCAGCGGAAAUCAUAAACUGUAUGGUGUAGUUCUGUUGUGUGUAUAUGGUAUGUAUAUCAGACUCAAAAACAUUUUUAACACAUGCAAGGUUGUGAAUUUGAGUGGGACCAAUAUACUUCCAUUUUUUAGAUCAUCUUGAUCUAAUCAUCUGGAGUUUGUAUCAUGGUGUUUGAUGUUCAAAGAAACUGUAUUUCUACAUUUUGUAUGAUAUGAGAUUUUACUUUUAAUCUGUUCA